AUGGGUAAGUUCACAAAACCUGGGAAAGUGGUGCUGGUCCUGGCUGGAUGUCACUCGGGACGCAAAGCCAUUGUUGUGAAGAACACUGAUGAUGGCACCGCCAACCGCCAAUACAGUCAUGCACUGGUGGCUGGAACAGACCACUAUCCUCAUGAAAUGACAGAUGCCAUGGGCAAGAAAAAAGCUGCCAAGAGGUCAAAGAUCAAGUCUUUUGUGAAAGUUUACAACUACAGUCACUUCAUGGCCACCAGCUACUCUGUGGAUAUUCCCUUGGACAAAACUGUGGUCAACAAGCAUGUCUUCAGGGACCCUGCUCUUAAAUGCAAGGCCUGA